UCCAGCUAGGGCAAAGUAGGGUUGCUUGCUGGCAGGCUGGCUUCCCGACCGAGAGGAAGGUUUGUCGGCUAGCCAACCACUGGAGGUAGCGGGCGAAAGGCUUUUUUCCCACCCCCCUCUUCUCAAGUUGGUGGUAGCGGCUCUCGAGCCUCCUGCCGCCCGGGAUAAUGGCGAAGAUUCAGGCGCACAGCACCGCGAAGCAAAUAAACCAAAUGCAAGACAAGCCUUACGUUAUAACACAAAAGCAAGUGCAGCAGCAGCACUUCCAGAAGCUGAAGGUGGAAGAUGCCUUGUCCUAUCUGGACCAAGUCAAAAUUCGCUUUGCAAAUGAUCCCGGCAUUUACAACAAGUUUCUCGACAUCAUGAAAGAGUUCAAGUCACAGAGCAUCGACACUCCGGGGGUGAUAAACCGGGUGUCACAGCUCUUUCAUGGACACCCAGACCUAGUCUUGGGCUUCAAUGCCUUUCUACCACCGGGGUAUCGGAUAGAAGUCCCCAAAAAUGGGGUGGCUUUCCUCCAGUCUCCCUUCUCCACACAGGUCUGCCCGGGCCAGCAAGGGAAGAGUGUUGCCACCCCUGCAGUGACAGCGACCUCGGGUACUGCCACUGCUGCCAACGUCGAAGCUGGACCUGCCCAGACCAGUGAACUCAAGUCAGCCCCAUCAGAGUCCCUCUCCUCGUCAGCCCCAGCAGGACCAACGGAGCCUCCCAGCAGGCUUUCUCUUCCCCUGGCCAGCAAAGAGAGCCAGAACCAGGCGACCACUUCGUCCGUAUCCCCACCUGCCCCAGAGACGAGCCCUGUGGAGUUCGACAGUGCCAUCAGCUACGUAAACAAGAUUAAGAACCGUUUCCUGGAUCACCCAGAGAUCUACCGAGCCUUUCUAGAGAUUCUUCACACAUAUCAGAAGGAGCAGCUGGAGGUGAAGGAGAGUCGAGGAAACCGUGGCAGCAGCGGAAUGACAGAAGAUGAGGUGUUCUCUAAAGUUGCCAGUCUUUUCAAAGGGCAAGAAGACUUGCUGGCGGAGUUUGGGCAAUUCUUACCUGAUGCCAAGAGAUCAUUGUUCACAGGCAGCUCCCUGACAGGAGGCAAAGAUCAGCUGAAAAGGCUGGAGGAAGAGGACACACUAACCAAACAAAACAAAAAGAGGCCCAGGCCCGUCCUACUGCAGCACAUGUCCCCACUCCUCAAGAAGAAAAUGAAGUAUUCCUGUACCAAAGAUCAGUCCUUUGCUUCAGUUGGCAAACACGGAGUCUUAAGAGAAUUCUCUUUCUUUGAUAAGGUCCGUCGCCUAUUUAAAAGCCAGGAGGUGUAUGAGAACUUCCUGCGUUGCAUUGCCUUGUUUAACCAGGAAGUAGUGUCGGGAGCAGAGCUGCUACAGCUAGUCACUCCUUUCUUGGGGAAGUUCCCUGAACUAUACACACAGUUCAAGUCAUUUCUGGGGGACAAAGAGCUCUCUCAUGUUGUGUCAGGGCUGUCGGAUCGCUACAUGGAAGGGGGAGGGGGCCGGGAGGUGGAUUAUGCCUCCUGCAAGCGCCUUGGGUCCAGCUACAGAGCACUGCCCAAGACCUACCAGCAGCCUAAAUGCAGCGGGCGCACUGCCCUGUGCAAGGAGGUGUUGAACGACACCUGGGUGUCAUUUCCCUCUUGGUCAGAGGACUCCACCUUCGUCAGCUCAAAGAAGACUCCUUAUGAGGAGCAGCUGCACCGCUGCGAGGAUGAAAGAUUUGAGUUGGAUGUUGUUUUGGAGACAAACCUGGCCACCAUCAGAGUGCUAGAGAGCGUACAAAAGAAGCUGUCGCGUCUCUCCCCAGAGGACCAGGACCGGUUCAGAUUAGACGACUGUCUGGGCGGCACCUCUGAGGUGAUCCAGCGUCGCGCUGUGUAUCGUAUCUAUGGCGAUAAAGCCCCUGAGAUCAUUGAGGGACUGAAAAGGAGUCCUGCUACCGCCGUGCCUGUGGUACUCAAGAGGUUAAAAGCCAAGGAGGAGGAGUGGAGAGAGGCCCAGCAGGGUUUCAAUAAGAUUUGGAGGGAGCAAUACGAGAAGGCUUACCUUAAGUCCCUCGAUCACCAAGGAGUCAACUUCAAACAGAAUGACAUGAAGGCCCUGCGGUCAAAGAGUCUUCUUAAUGAGAUAGAGAGUGUCUACGAUGAGCGCCAGGAGCAAAGCACGGAAGAAGGCGGCGUUGGGCAGCAGGGUCGCAACGGCUCUGGCGCGGCCUCAUCCAGCGAGCCUCACAUGGUGUUUACGUAUGACGACAAACAGAUCUUGGAGGACGCUGCCUCUCUCAUCAUCUACCACGUCAAACGUCAGCCCACCAUCCACAAAGAUGACAAAGACCACAUCAAGCGCAUCAUCCAGCACUUUGUCCCUGACCUGUUCUUCUCCCGGCGCGGCGAGCUCAGUGAUACUGAAGACUGGACAGACGAGGAGGUUGAGCCCGAGGAUGGGUUAGAGAGGGGAAUAGGAGGUGCAGCAGCAACAGCAGGGUUAGGAGGAGGAAAUGGCAAUUCUAACAAUGCAUCAGGAGCACCCGCGGCCACAGGUGGUCAGUCUCAACCCCAACCUGCCCAGUCACUGGGCCUGACCCAGUCCCAACCCCAGCAGCAGCUCAACGGUGAAUCCAGGCGGAGACGCUGCAGCCCGUCUCAACCUGCUGACACGGAGGCCUCCACCACCUCCAGUAGCACAAGCCAGGCGGCAGGGACCGCCUCGUCCACCCCUGGAUCGACGCCGAUGGAGACGGAUUCGGGUGCACCCGCGGAGAAGGUGGACCUGCGCGACCCUGAAGCGGAGCACCAGAAGGACAUGGAUGGCGUCUACAACCUUUUCUUCGUCAACAACAACUGGUAUUUCUUCUUGCGGCUGCACCAGACCCUGUGCUCCCGACUGCGUCGCGUCUACCAGCAGGCAGAGCGGCAGCUGCUGGAUCACCGAGCUGAGCAGAACAGCGAGAGGCUGCUCAUGGCAGAUGGAAGAAGAGAAAAGUCAUGUGACCUGGCCAUGGAGCUCCGCCUCAAACAGCCCAGUGAGGUGGAGUUAGAGGAGUACUACCCAGCCUUCCUUGACAUGGUGCGCAGCCUGCUGGAUGGCAACCUGGACUCCACACAGUAUGAAGACACACUGAGAGAGAUGUUCACCAUCCACGCCUACAUCGGCUUCACCAUCGACAAGGUCAUACACAACAUCAUACGCCAGCUACAGCACCUAGUGAGCGACGAGGUGUGUCUGCAGGUGGUUGAUCUUUACCUGGCUGAGAGGAAGAGGGGGGCGGCAGGGGGAAACCUGUCCUCGCAAUGUGUCCGAGCGGCCUGGGAGACCAGCUUCCAGUGGAAAGCUGAGCGAGUCAUGGCUGAGGAGAACUGCUUCAAGGUGAUGUUUCUCCAAAACAAGAGUCAUGUGACGUUGACUAUUGAGCUGCUGGACACUGAGGAGGCUCAAGCAGAUGACCCAUUAGAUGUGCAGUGCCUGUCAAGCUACAUGGAGCAGUUUGUAGGAACCGAGUCCAGCCUGUGUUCUCAAGCAGAGGGUUACUUCUUCAAACCUGUGUUUCUGCCCAGGAACCUGCGGCGUUUCCGCCGCUGGCAGGUGAGGCAGGUGGAGGCGAUGCGCUGCAGGAGAGAGUGGCACAGGCAGCUGGGCGUGGAGAACGCCGGGAGUCUGGACUGUCGAUUUAAACUCAAUACUCACAAGAUGGUGUUUGUCAUGAACUCUGAGGAUUACAUGUACCGCAGAGGAGCGCUGGUCAAGGCCAGGAAGUCGCAGCACAGAGUGGCAGCGGGCCAACACCAACGCUUUGACAAGUGGCACCAGGGCUGGCAGGCCGAUCACGUUACAGCCGCGGCCGAGCGCUCCGUGCAGAACUGGCUGCUGGGAGAAGAGGAAGAGGACAUGAUCCCCUGCAAGACUACCUGCCUGGCGACCGAGUUGAAAGGGCAAGCCGUGAACAGAUACCAGGUCCAUUACAGCGGUACCAAAGCCCCGGUCUCCCCGUAGAGGCCGGCUUAUGAGGUGGACGAACUGAACACACAACACAACAGGUAAAAUGCAUGGACAUUCAUACACUAAACACAGGCGUAGACUGUGGCGGUCCUGCUUCUCCACCGUCCUCCCCAAAACACGUCCACUCAUUCACUUCCACCGAGGGAUGAAGGGACACAGUGCGGACUCUGGACUGUUCGUGCCAGUGGACAGCGAGUCAGUGAGUGAGUGAGUGCACGGCGAGAGGAGCGACGGCGUGGAGGAAAAGGACCAACACGGUGAAGUAAUCAGUGAGAUUGAACUGGGCCCUGAUUGAUGGGGCGAGUCGGACACGAUGGCACAAACGGAGCUCAUCAUCAUCAUCAUCAUCAUCUUUAGCAGCAUCAUAUUGGAGCUUCUCCGGUGGCACUAAAAGUUGAUGGACACAGAAGUGGUUGAACAUGCGAGAAGUUAUGAAAUCAUGAAAUUUGUUUCAGAAAUGUGAAUGUCUGUUUCUUUUUUUGCGCUUUUUUUUUUAAAGUCAAGUGUAGUUUUUAGCUUCUAAAGCCAGAGAGCCUUCUGUUUGUUGGUUGGUUGGUUGGUUUAUGCGUGUUUAUAUGGAGAGAUAAUGGUAAACGUGUGUAUGUAUGUGUAUCCUGCUCUCUUCAUUUUGUCUGUUUCUAUGCCCAGUACAGGCUCUACAACUAGUGAUGUAUUAUUACUGUAUGUGCAUAUAUAUAUAUAUAUACAUAACAGGGACCCUGUAUUUUUAUAUAUGCAUCUACGUGAGUUGAUUGAUACAUCUUAAGAUCAUGUUGUUCUUUACAGUGUUUGCUGUCAGCCAACUCUUGAUGUUUUGCAUUUUUUUUUUCUCCCCUUUUUUGUGUUGUAGCUAAACAAGUUAUCACCAAGGCAACAAGUAGACCUUAAAAUCAAUUGGUUUAAUAUAGAAGAAGCCGUCAAAUUAUGUAUCAUAUUCAUGAUACUAAAUGUUUACUUUGUAUUGUCUUUUUUUGCAUACUGACAUUGAAAAUAAAAGCAAAAUAUCAGUGUUAAAAUAGAAUGUAUAACAUUUAUCCUGUAUCAGUUAUCAUAAAAUAAACAACCUAGUUGUGACCUUCUUAGAUGUUGACUUGCAGGUUGUUUGUUGGCGUGAGAGAAGAUUUAGAGUUGCAGUGUGUUAGUAAAAAAAACCACAAUAGAUGAAUAUUGUAUAUUAAGGCAAUAAAAAACAAAUGGUGGCUGGCAAUAGAAUACUGCUAUA